UGGCAUUAGGAUUUCAGGGCGAAAUGACUAAGGGGCGAUCAAACAGAGGCACAUCAAUUACAUUACGGUCCAGGUUCAUCGUCCGGUUGAGCUGAGCAUGGUAUGAGAUGUUGUACGCUCGCUGCCUCCACUCUCUCCAUCUUCCCAAUCCUCUGACCCACCACAGAUUAAGUCCCCAGGGUCUUCCCUUGUCACAAUCGCCUCCUCUCAAGUUCAGCAACGCUAGAUUUCAGAAGAUGGAUGCUAAACUCAAUGACAUUGCCAUCACCACAAACGAGUUUGACUUCCUCACCCAGAAGACUUACUCGCCUCCUUCCUGGGCCUCCCAUCUCAAUCCCUUGCCAUCGCAUAUCUUCUCCCUUGCCCAUCUACCCACUCCCAUUCACAAAUGGAAUCUUCCUAAUUUGCCGAGCGGCACGGAGGUGUGGCUCAAGCGUGAUGAUCUUACAGGAAUGCAAUUGAGUGGAAACAAGGUCAGAAAACUGGAAUUCUUGAUGGCAGAUGCCAUAGCGCAAGGUGCAGACUGCAUUAUUACAAUUGGAGGCAUCCAAAGCAAUCACUGUCGUGCAACUGCUGUUGCUGCAAAGUAUUUAAAUCUUGACUGUUAUCUGAUACUUCGCAUUUCUAAGGUGCUAGCAGACCAAGAUCCUGGACUGACUGGCAACCUUCUAGUUGAGCGUUUGGCAGGAGCUCACAUUGAACUUAUAUCCAAAGAAGAAUAUUCAAAAAUCGGUGCUGUGACACUUACCAAUGUCCUAAAAGAAAAGUUGAUAAAGGAAGGGAGGAGGCCUUAUGUCAUUCCUGUGGGAGGAUCAAACUCCCUAGGAACAUGGGGUUAUAUUAAGGCAGUUCGGGAGAUUGAGCAGCAGAUUCAAAGAGGGCCUAGCAAUAUUAAGUUUGAUGAUAUUGUUGUCGCAUGUGGCAGUGGGGGUACAAUUGCUGGUCUGUCAUUGGGGUCAUCAUUGAGUUCAUUGAAAGCUAGAGUGCAUGCAUUCUCUGUUUGUGAUAGCCCUGAUUACUUCUAUGACUUUGUCCAAGGGCUUCUUGAUGGACUUGAAGCUGGUGUUAACUCACGCGAUAUUGUUGACAUACAAAAUGCCAAGGGUCUUGGCUAUGCAAUUAACACUUCAGAGGAGCUUAAUCUUGUAAAAGAAAUCUCUAAAGCUACUGGUGUGGUACUUGACCCAGUAUACAGCGGAAAAGGUGCUUAUGGAAUGUUGAAAGAUAUGUCUGAGAAUCCCAAGAAGUGGGAAGGAAGAAAGAUCCUUUUCAUUCAUACAGGUGGCCUCCUUGGCUUGUAUGACAAAGUCGAUCAAUUGGCUCCACUGGUAGGGAAUUGGCGUCGAAUGGAUGUUCAUGAAUCUGUUCCUAGACAGGAUGGCAUUGGAAAGAUGUUCUAGACUAGAGAGCAAAACCUUGCAUUGCCUGAAUCGCAUGUUGUGGUAUUUUGUUUAAUCUGUACUUUGCGGUGAUGCAGACGGUGUACUCAUCAAGUUACUGCAUAAUAACCAUACCCAUAAUGAAACAUUGCAAUGGCAUCAUUCAUGUCACUAGUUUUGCUCAUUUUCUCUGGGAUGUAAUUUAUCUCUGUAUCUUAUCCGAAUAUGCUUGAAAAUAAUAAUAAAAUUACUUGUGAGUUUCACCAAAAGAAUUA